AUGGCGGGGCCGUCAGAGGCCGCUCGGGGCCGCGGGCUCUGCGCGGGGCUGGCGCGGCUCUGCUGGGGCUCGGUGGGGGCUGAGGGCGCGAUGGGAGGUCGGGGUGGGCGUCGUGGGCUUUGCUGUGGUCCUCGUGGGAACUUGAGGUGUGCGCACCUGGUCCAGGUGUGCACCGUGGCCAACGGCUUCAUCGUGGACUUGGAGCGCUUGCUACGGGCAAGGUUUUUGACGUGGUCCCACCUUCCUCACGAGGAGUUUGGGGUGUUCACCGUGGCCGCGGUGUUUAGCGUGGCCGAGGUCUUUGCCGUGGCCCCAGGGUGCUCAGUGGGAGCUCCAGGUCCUCACCGCGCUCUUCAGGUGUUCAUCACGGCCAAGGCCUUGGCCAAGGUCUUCAUUAUGGCUUUGCAACGCUUGCCGUGGCCUCGGUCAUUGUCCUGGUGCCAGGGUGCUCCCUGCGAGCUUGAGCUGCUCACCGUGGCCAAGGGCUCCUCGGCACCCUCUGAGGCAGGUGCCGUGCCCGAGGCGCUCACCGCGACCCCUCACAGUGUUCCUGACACGCAGCACGGCCAGGUCCCUGUCCGCGACCCCCGUGGCACCUGCCUGGGGGCUCCCGGGUGCCUCUGGCUGGAGAGAGCCGGGGGGCCCUCGCUGUCCCCCCCGUGCUGCCGCCAGCCACCGCUGCCCUUUCCUUUUCUCCCCUCCCAGGUGCUCUCGAGCCGGGCGAGGCGAUGCGGUGCGCCCGUGCCGCGUGCUGUGCCGAAGCGGCUCUUUAGAUCCUCCCCGGCCCAAGCCUCCCCUGCCAUGGAUGCCUCCGGGGCUCUUGCUUCGGCUCCCUCCUCCGCGGCUCCCUCGGGCUCCCGCAGCCCCAUGUUGCCCCCAGGAGCUGACAGAGAGGAGUGGGGACCGAGGUUCAAUUGUGCCCCUUCCACCUCUGCCGCAGCCUCGCAGGCGAUGCCAGCGUCUGGCCGGAAGAGGAAGGCCAACUUCUCCAAUGACGAGACCGAGACGCUGGUCUGGAAUGUGGUCCGGCACUUCAGCGCCCUGUACGGGUCCGAGGCCCUGCGGGCUCACCCCGUGCGGCGGAAGCAGCUCUGGACCCAAAUCCAAAGCCGCGUCAACUUCCUGGGCUACACGGAACGCUCCAUCGACGACCUCAAGCACAAGUGGCGUGACCUGCGGCUGGACGUCAAGAAGAAAAUCACCUCCAAGAAGCACCUGCCCGUGAACCGUGCCGGGGGGCCGCUCCACAAGCCGCGCCUCACGCCCCUGGAGAAGAUGGUGGCUUCCACCUUCCUGCAGGCCAGCCACGACUCAGAGCCCGAGAUCAUCCUGGACCCAGAUCUGUUCUUCCCCGGCGCAUCCAAGCAGCCCUUCAUGCACCUGCAGCCCGGCGUGAGCCACCCCAGCAUCUACAUCGACACCAACGGGCAGCCCUCGGCCCUGCCCGACGUGGAGGGCUCGGCCGUGCCGCGCCUGCCGGGACAGAGCCCCGACCCCGCCGGCGUCUGCGAGUACGGCCGAGGAGAGGGGCAGGGCGGCUCCGCCGAGUCGGGACCGGAGCUGCGCACUCCAGACGCUUCGGCCAUCUCCCCAUCCCUGCGGAACGAGUCCCUGGUCUCCUACGCCUCCAUGUCGGAGGAGGAGGAACGGGAAGGCCGGGAGGUGGAGAGGGGCCACGGUGGGGCCGCGGGGAUGCAGCCGGGGCCCGAGGCCCCCCUGUCCGCGGAGGAGGACGUGAAACUGUCCCGCCAGGCCAUGCUGAUCCGCCGGUGCAGCUCCCAGGGCUCCGUCACUUCCCUGCCCGAGGACUCCCUCAACCCCGCGGACGCUCACUCGGACUGGGGGCACGAGGGGGUGUCCGACCUGCCCGCCCUGGGCCGCGGGCUCGACUCGGCGCAUCCCGAGGAGCAGGCGGGGGGCCCGGGCCCGGAGGUGGGCGCCUUGCCCAGGGUACUGAUGGGGCCCACCUGGGAGAAGGCUCCGGCGGAGGAGGAGCCCCCGGCCCGUUCCCCGCUGCACGGCGCCCUGACCGAGGAAUCGCUGCCCUCCUCCGCCUCCCCGCCGGGAGACGCCCCGGCCGCCGCCGGCGCCGCCCGCGGGCUGGGCUGCUCCCGCCUGCGCGAGGACCGCCGCGAGAGCUGGAGGACUAGCAUCCAUCACCUGCUCGACCUGGAGGAGCAGUGGGACCAGCUGUACCACCAGGAGCUGGCCAUGUGGCAGGAGGAGCGGGCCACCCAGCGCGAGGAGCGGGCGCGGGAUCGGGAGCUGCAGUUCCGCCUGCUCGGCGUCCUCACGGACAUCCGCGACGAGCUGCGCUACCUGCGCCAGGAGCGCGCCGGCACCCGCCAGAGCCCGGCCCCGGCACCCCCCGAGCCCCGCCGCGACCCCAGCCCGCUCCUCGAGCAGCCCAAAGCCGAGCCCGGCUUCCCCGAGCCGCCGGCCGGGAGCGCCGGCUGGGCAGACACCGCCGUGCCCGGCCGGAGCCCCUUCGGGACCCGCGGCCGGGGCCGGCGCCGCGGGCGGCCGCGCGGCUCCGCUUCCCGACACAGACGCCUCUUCCUCACCAACAGCUAGGGACGGGCGGGAGCCGCUCCGCCACGGACACGGAGUGCCCGCGGCCGCCCCGGGGGGACGGUGUGCGGUUACGCGGGCGGCACCCGGAUGGAUCCCCGCGGGAAGGGACGGAGGACGGGUGGCCGGCGCUGCCCCGGCCUGCCGCGGGCUCGGAGCGCUCCGGGCAGGUGGCCCGCGUGUCCCCCGGGCCGGCGAGGUGCGGGAGCGCCCCGAGGUGACGCCCGCGGGGGACGCGUGUGACAGCGCGGCGCGACAGCGCUAGUCCAGUAGGAUUUACUACCUGUCGGGGGGUGGGAGUUAGGAACACUUAGUCGCU